AUGCAAAUCUUCGUGAAAACUUUGACUGGUAAAACAAUCACAUUAGAAGUUGAACCGUCGGAUACUAUCGAAAAUGUCAAAGCCAAAAUUCAAGACAAAGAAGGUAUUCCACCAGAUCAGCAACGUUUGAUCUUCGCCGGUAAACAAUUGGAAGAUGGUCGAACAUUGUCGGAUUAUAACAUCCAAAAAGAAUCAACACUCCACUUGGUGUUACGAUUACGUGGUGGUAUGCAAAUCUUCGUUAAGACAUUGACAGGAAAAACAAUCACAUUAGAAGUUGAGCCGUCGGAUACAAUCGAAAAUGUUAAAGCCAAAAUCCAAGACAAAGAAGGUAUUCCACCAGAUCAGCAACGUUUAAUCUUCGCUGGUAAACAAUUGGAAGAUGGACGUACAUUAUCUGAUUACAACAUCCAAAAAGAAUCAACACUCCACUUGGUGUUACGAUUACGUGGUGGUAUGCAAAUCUUCGUCAAGACAUUGACAGGAAAAACAAUCACAUUAGAAGUUGAGCCGUCGGAUACUAUCGAAAAUGUCAAAGCCAAAAUCCAAGACAAAGAAGGUAUUCCACCAGAUCAGCAACGUUUAAUCUUCGCCGGUAAACAAUUGGAAGAUGGUCGAACAUUGUCGGAUUAUAACAUCCAAAAAGAAUCAACGCUCCACUUGGUGUUGCGAUUACGUGGUGGUAUGCAAAUCUUCGUCAAGACAUUGACAGGAAAAACAAUCACAUUAGAAGUUGAGCCGUCGGAUACAAUCGAAAAUGUCAAAGCCAAAAUUCAAGACAAAGAAGGUAUUCCACCAGAUCAGCAACGUUUGAUCUUCGCCGGUAAACAAUUGGAAGAUGGUCGAACAUUGUCGGAUUAUAACAUCCAAAAAGAAUCAACACUCCACUUGGUGUUACGAUUACGUGGUGGUAUGCAAAUCUUCGUUAAGACAUUGACAGGAAAAACAAUCACAUUAGAAGUUGAGCCGUCGGAUACAAUCGAAAAUGUCAAAGCCAAAAUCCAAGACAAAGAAGGUAUUCCACCAGAUCAGCAACGUUUAAUCUUCGCUGGUAAACAAUUGGAAGAUGGACGUACAUUAUCUGAUUACAACAUUCAAAAGGAGUCGACACUUCAUUUAGUGUUGCGAUUACGUGGUGGGCAAUAA